AUGAAACUUGAUUCGGGAUUCUUUGUUUUCCUUUUUGCGGCUGUGCAAGCAUAUGAUGAUGCACUUGGUCUAAGAAAUGGCUAUACUUCUUUAUCCACAGCCAACUUUGACAUCAAGUUAGUCAAAGAUUCUCAGGUCCUCGCCUCUCUCAAACCAGCAGGAGAGUCUUUCGACUUCUUGCCUUUUGAUGAUAUUACAUACAGAGCGGCAAAUGGCCAGUAUCAUAAUGGGGACAUUGCAUAUCGUUAUCGACUGUUGGGUUCAACAAAGUGGAUUGCAGGCGAUUCAUCAAAAGCAAGAAAAUCGUUGAAAAGUGUCAAAUCCGAUGCUCUUGCAGCCGCUGAGAUGACACAAACCCUGCCGACCUCUCCUAUCAAUAUUCUUCGAGAAUGGAUUGAUGUUGAAGGCGAUCUCGGGUUGACCUUUACUCUGACCAACAAGGGAGAUCAGACACUGGAAAUUGGUAGCCUGGGUUUCCCGACCGAAUUCAACAGUAUCUUCUCCAACCGCACAGCAGAAGAUAUGGUGGCCAAGUGCUUGCUCACAGAUCCAUAUAUUGGGAUGGAUGCUGGGUAUCUUCAGGUGAAUCCCACGAUUGGGACAGGGGCAUCGUUGAUCGUUACCCCGUUGCUCAACACGAGCACUCCACUGGAAGCAUGGCGAAAUCUGGACGAGCCUAGCACCGAACCUCUCUAUUACGGCAGUCAAACAUUUGAGGGAUUCUACGAAUGGCAGACUCACACCAAAGCCUAUGCCGAGAAUGAGUGGUCUGGUGCCACCCCAUGGAACGAGCCUAGCUCUCGACUCGUGAGCCCGGGUGAAUCAGUGACCUACGGAUUGCGCUUCACGGUUGUCAAGGACGGUGUGCGUGGUAUACAGGAUGCAGUCAAAGCCACCAACACGCCUGCCACACUGGGCAUACCGGGAUACGUGGUACCAGUCGAUCUCACAGCUCGGCUUUACGUUUCUCACUCUCAAAUCGCCAAAGUCGUGUCCGAAGACAACUCCUUUAAGAUAACCCGUGGUACAAAUGGCACUCUAUCACUCACCCCAACUGGCUUGGUUUGGGGUCGAACCAAAGUAACCAUCACAUACAAAGACGGCAAAGUCCAAACGAUACACUACUUCAUUACGGACUCGGCACCAGCAACAAUCAGUAAAUUGGGCAAGUUCACUACCACCUCGAUGUGGUUCACUGACACAGAUGACCCCUUCCAUCGAGCUCCAUCAGUCAUGACAUGGGAUCACUCAACCCAAGCGCAAGUCCUCCAAGAACCCCGAGUCUGGAUAUCCGGACUAAGCGACGAAGGUGGUGUGACCUACUUGGCCAGCGCAAUGAAGCAAUCUGGUUUGGCCGAUGCGACAGAGGUAUCAAAACUUGAACAAUUUGCUUCCGAUGUUCUAUCUAAGACUAUCCAAAACUCAGACUUCACCGUCCGCAAGAGUAUCUUCUUUUACGAGCCUGGCCAAGUCCCUGAAUACUCAUACGACCAGUCUAUCGACUGGGGCAACUGGUGGUCAUGGAAUAAGGAUGCUUCCCAUGCUACGGACCGUGCCUACGACUAUAUCCAUGUCAUCGGGGCAUACUGGGCGUUGUAUCGCGCAGGUCGAGAUAACGGGUCACUUCUGAAAACACACACUUGGCAGUGGUAUCUCAGUCAAGCAUACAAUACCACAGUGACCUGUUUCGCCACGGACUCGGGUGGUGAUGGGCUUGUGGGGUACUCGCGUCUCGGACUCAUGGGCGAGACCGUCGUUGGUGAGCUUCUAUCGGAUUUGAGACGUGAACAGUGGACUGCCGAGGCCGAUUCUUUGGAGGCUGCUAUGAAGCUUCGCGCUGAGGCAUGGGAUACGCAGGAUGUUCCCUUUGGCAGUGAGAUGGCUUGGGACUCGACUGGCCAAGAGGGAAUCUACUACUGGAGCAACUAUUUCAAUUUGACCAAAACAGCAACGAAGACCAUCAACAGCAUCCUGGGAUAUAUGCCCACAGUGCCGCACUGGGGAUGGAAUGGGAAUGCCCGGCGAUAUUGGGACUUCAUCUAUGGCGGCAAGCUACAGCGCAUCGAGCGCAUGAUCCAUCACUACGGAUCAAGCCUCAAUGCACUACCCUUGCUAUCCCAUUUCCGCCAGAAUCCAACCGACACCUAUCUCCUCCGAGUUGGCUACGGCGGGGUAACAGGACCACUAUCCAACAUCCGACAAGAUGGCUCGAUGUACAAUGCUUUCCACUCCUUCCCUGAUACCCUGCAAGGCGAUGAUUAUUCAGGUGACUACGGUCCAAACUUCCUAGGUAUGAUGCUUGGAUCCGCUGUGUACCUUGUCGAUGAUCCCGAUGUCGGACUUGUCGCGUACGGUGGGAAUGUCGCCACCAACGGAAACACAGUCACCGUACAACCACGAGAUGCUGUGCGUCGUCGGGUCUAUGUUGCACAAAUGGGAGUAUACGUCACGAUCAGCGCUGGAUUGAUAGAAGAGGUCUCGUUUGGUAUUUCUCGGCCGACGUCUCUUCAACUACGUAUUGUUCCUGGCUCGUCCGAUGUUUCUUCUGUUAUUGUUUGGGUCGAGACUCCGGGUACGGAGGAUGACUAUGCUGUGGCUGGGAAUAAAUUGCAGCGCGUGAGAGGUGGCUGGAAUGUCAAAUUUGACUCUGGGGAAGCGAAUGUUGUUGUUUCUAAAUUGUGA